UCCGCAUCGGGCCGCCGACCGCGACGCUCUUGUCGCCCGCCGCCGCGACGCCCCGACAUCGCGAAAAAAGUUUACACGAAACUUUCAUAAAGACUUUCCUUUCAACUAAACUCCCGUUGAAUCGAAACUGUCUGCUAUUCCCGGAGUAUUCCGAGUGACAUCUCCUAAAACCGGAAUUUGGUGCACUCCGGAACGGGUUUGGUUACCCGUGAGGACGUGAAGUGCUAACUUGAUUUUCAGAGUGCUGUGUUCAGUGUCAGUGACUGGGCAUUUUAUUGUUUCUUAAAGGGAUUGAACUGGACCCUAUCCCUUGAACAGUUCUUAAAGGGUGGCUGCUAAGCUAUCGUGCUGUCAAAAGUUUCAAGCAUGCCGCUGCCCGCGCCCCCGCCCGCUUAAGGCAUGAGCGGCCGCGGAGCGGGCGGGCAACGCUGCCAGCUUAUUCUGCAGCGUUGCCUCGCGAUCCAGCUCACCAAGCCCGGCAACGCGCCUGAGGACUUCUGGAUGUACGACUCCGGGUAUCUGCUCUUCCAGAGUUUCCUAGCAGCGAACGCGAAAUGUUGGUGGGCGGGCGCGCUAGCGGCGGCGACGGCGGAGCUCCGCUACGCGGGCUACGUGUGCCCGGGGGUGCUGCUGGUGGGCGGCGCGCCGCGCGCGCUGGAGACCGUGCGCGGGGCCUAUUCGAGAUCCGUCCUCAAACCUCCUCCUACGUACCUCAUCUGCGGGCUCGGUGACAUCGAAGACUGCAUAGUGACGCCCGCGUACCAGGGUCAGUUCACGCCGCUUCCCGAAGCCUUGUGCGACUGCAUUAUGGACCUCACGUCACAGGGGCAGUCAGCGACGCUGGAGAGCAUACGAACGUCGCUGUCGUCCAAGUUCCCGGUGAUGCAGACGCCGUCUCAGGAGGUGGUGUACGACACUCUCGCGCAACUCAUGCAGGACAGGAAGAUCUACCAAACCUCGAGGGGCUUCUUCAUCGUCACCCCUGAACGCCGCCGCUCCCGGUCCCGUUCAUCAUCCCGCCACCACGACGACGACUGCCCUUCCCCGCGGACGCUGCUAAUGUCCGACCAGGAAGCGCUGCACCAGCUCUACGGCGAGAUCACCACCGUCCGCGACGGCGCCAUCACGCACCAGUGCGUGCAGACCAACCUCGCUGACGUCAUCUGCGGGGGUAACCCCAACGACAAGAUCCUCUACGGGCGUCCAAACAAGCGGCGCAGCGCGUCGUUCCCGGCGCCGCGCUCGCUCGACCGGCGCCACUCGCUCCGCAUCUUUGGCUCGUCCAGCAAGUACCUGCAGCGCUGCGCCUCCACCCGCAGUCUGCACCACAAGCACAACAACACGACCGACAGCUCCUCUUCCACCGACUACCCGCCCAGCGUUGAAUCAGCGUCGCCUAAAAAAGCGUCCCUGCUGUCCCGCUUAUUCAGACGAAGCGGCCGCAGCAAGCAGGCGCGGGCGAUGAGCACCUUCUCUGCGCAGUUUCCCCCCACCGAGUGGUUCAACUCCAAGGCGGUGCACCUGCAUUGCGUUGCUACACAGACCAACUCCAAGGAGUCACUGCAGAGUCAAACAUCAUACGUGUCAUCAUAUUACGACGGAUCAGAGAUUAGCAAUCGGUCGUCCACGCUCCCGCGACGACACAAGCGGCACCUCUCCACCGAGUCCGGGCUCGCCGGCUCCGUCCACUACGACCACUCCCCGGUGCGCCACUCCAGCCCUAGCUCCGGCAGCCUGCCCCGCUCCACUCUCAGCAGAAGCUCUACCAACAAAACUAUGCUCGACCACUUCGGCUCCCCGCAAAGAAACAGUGACCCUAAGCUCAGAGAUAGUCCAAGCGGUAGCUUGAGAAGAGUCGACUACGCGCAUUCAGACCACAUUAUGUCCACUAGCGGCCCCUCUAGCCUGGAAAGCACAACCACACAUCGAACCCCAAGAAAAGACUCCAGGAACGGAUCAGAACAGAACUCACCCAUGAAAAGAAACUAUCACACAAGUGGCAGCAGCGGUCACUCCAGCUUAGAAUCCCACAUAUCAGACCGCACGCUGAAACCGUCCCCUAGUCAUAGCAACGCGCCGGGCCUGAGCAGAGCGCAGUCGCUUGUCAAGGUUCAGAGUUUGCAGAGCUCUCCCAAGAGCCUGCAUAAAUACAGAAACAAACCACCGAUGGUUGGCGGCGAGACAAAAAACGGCAAAAUUUCCCCGAGAACUUCUCCAAAAAACUGCCCAAGUACCCCCAAGAAAACGGCUACACCGCUGCACAACAAAGCUAUAGGGCCGAAGGCAGAGAGCCCCUCUCCCACUAUGAUGCCAUCCGCUAACGCCAACAACUCCAUUACGCUUAAAGUUACCACGAAUACGAUAUCUCAAAACGGUGGAACUAACACCAAGGUUUACGUACAAAAUUCACCGGUAAGAUCCGUAAUCACGUUCGAAAACGGAAAAGUUACUGAAACAAGCAAUGGCAGCAAUAUUUACAUCAUCAAUGAUGAUAGACAAGUUGUAUCCGUGUCGCAAAACGGUGUCGGGAACCAGACGGCAAAAAACCCAACUGAAACCUCAUUCGAAACUUGUGUUGAGAAAAAUAAUCAGCUCUAUCAAGAUACAGAACCAAUUAAAGUCCAAGAAAAUAAGUUCAAUAAAAAUUCAAUAAACGACACUGGUAUGAAUAAUAACCGCAAGUUGUCCUUGCAAAUUGGAGCUACAAAUAAUAACAGUUUCAUAUACAAAAAUCAACUGAACAAUUCGAAUGAGGUCGCUUCAAACCCUGCAUCUCCAGCUAUACAUAAUAACAUAAAUAAUCUGGACAACACCACAAACAGUAACCCUUCAACUCCAACUAAGAGCUACGAUAAUAUUAUUGGAUCUCUGGGAAGCCUUAGGUAUCAAAAAAACUCUCUGACAUCGGCUAAUGGCGGACUGCAGACAAAUAUAAAUUCAAACAGUGAGUUGAAGAGCGUCGAUUUACUAAAGAAAGCUGCAGCGUUACAAAUGCUUAACGGACUUCCGAAUGUAAAUAACAGGAUGAGCUCGGACUCCAUCGCUAAUCUUUUGUCAAAAGGCGUUGAGAAACCGACCGUGUUAGGAUCCGAGCCUAACUUGGCUUUAAAGAAUCAAGACACGAUUAAAGAUAUCAACACGUCGACGGAGAAGAUAAAUAGUUUGGAGAAUAAACAGAAGAGGUACAGCCUGAGCCAGGAAAGUAAGAAAGAGAAGCAGGAUUUCUACAACUUCCCUAGCUUAAGUGACUUGAGCUUUAAUUUCACUAGUUUAGCGGCACAGAAGAUAUUAAAGGGGGUCAGUAUAAACAGUGUGGACACACUGGUGGAGCUCAACAUGGCGGCCACGACUGAGAAGCAGAACAACCGCGACGUCGCCGCCGUGUGCACCGACUUCGGUCUUGUAUAGUAGAUAUAACACUUGUUCAUUUUGUUAAAAAUGUAAAAUAGUAGUCUUAACAUUAUAAAAAUAAGUUAGUCGUGUAACUUAUUCAUAACUACUUUAUAACAAGCUUUAGAUACGCACUACACGUAAUAUUUAGUUCAAGACCUGUACUCAUUUUAAGAAUUUGUACUCCUCGACAUUUUUGAACUAUCUUUUACUGUAUCCUACUAAAAAUGGUUUUGAAACUACUAACGCGUCUAGAAAACGUAGAUAUUAACGUAACAAUAUUCAUACGUGUAUUAUCUUAAAACAUAAUCAGUAAAUUCUUAGUUUGUAGCUCACUUUAAAGUAAUGGGACAAUAAAAUAUCACCAUGUGAGUAAAGGUGGCCUAAAUCAACAAUAUUCCACAGAAAGCUAGUGCCUAUUAAAUGUAGUAUUAAGAUUGAAUUUCCUCCACACUAAGUUCCAUUCUCCAACGUCUUGCACCUAAUAUUUAUCACACCUAUCCUAUAUUUAGCCUAUGAUUCCCUGCAACAGCACUUGUAAUUGUGCCAUCACUAUCCAGUGUGAAAGUCGAGUACAAACUAGAAUACCUGUCACCAUUCAGUGAACCAGAGUCCAUCCACCAUUGGGAAUUUAUAAGAGUUUAAUUAAACAAAUGUCAUGUUUAAGUGCCAUAAAUAAAAUCAUAGUAGAAUGCAUGAUGUAGUUGAGCUGGCAAAAGAUUGGUGUUGAAAAUUGGUAUCUGUAACAUUAGAUCUGCAUGUGCCACUGAUUCACAAAUUCAAGGUUUUUUUAUGCCAAAGAUAUUAAAUAUGCAUAGAUAAUGUAAAUGGGUUCAAGUCCUUGUCUAAAUUUAACCUGUCAAACAACAUUGUCAGCAGAAAAAGGCGCGAAAUUCAAAUUUUCUAUGGGACGAUAACCCUUCGCGCCUACAUUUUAUUAAUUUACCGCUCUUUUCUACUGACGGAAUUGGCUUGGCAGACUAUAUUUGGGCUUCGAAUUUGACAGCCGAUAAAGAUGGCGCUGCUCGGCUCCGUGCAUCAUGCGGUAGCUCUGGUUGUCGCCGUCCUCAAACUAAAAGGCCGCAGUCUUCCAGAGUAGUAGACUAAGCGGUCUCUUAAUUUGAGGCCGGCAGAAAAGUUGACGUAAUUAUGAUAAUCCAGUACCUCAAACCAAGUUGCGGCAGCGCCAACUACUUCAGCUGUAAAACUUGGGAUACGAUUUUUUUUAGACUACAACUCUUCUACAGUUAAUAACACAUUGGUAAUACAAAGGAACUAAAACUUCCAAAUUGCUAUUCAAAAUGAAUUCCUUCAAUGCUGAGAGUUCAUGGCAUCUGCUGUUAACUUCAAAUAUUUGUUGUGAAGUCAUUUAUGAUUAUGAAGUUCUGAACCAUUUCAAGAAUAAAAUGCAAUAAAAAAACCUUUGAUUUUGUGAACCAUAUGGUACAAGUAGAAACAUAAAGGGUAAUAUUUAUUAAUUAGGGAAUGUAAUCGGAAGUCAAUGCAUAGAUCCUAGAAUAAGUGUUCCAUAACGCCAUUUGUAAAAAUGUAUUAACAAUAAAAGUUGAUGCUUUUAA